AUAAGCACCUCUAAUGCUUUGGGUGGUCUUAGCUACACAUUGUGAUCUUUUGUCCUGACUACACUAUAGAAGCGUAAUCCCACUUGUGUUCCUGUGCAAUGUGCUCAUGCUGAAUACGUUUUGGUCGGACUCUCAGAAGCCUCGGGUUACCUUUGACUCAUUCUGAGACGAAAACACAGGGCAGAAGAAAAGGAGAUGCCAAAAGAGAGCUUUUUGCUUAACACCAAUCCAAGUGAAAGACCACUGGCAGUGAUGGAAGGCAGAUGAUGCAUCAAGGAGACAGAGGGAGCAUUGUGAGGGUCUGCUGCCCUCUGAGCCAGACAGGAAACAGAGAGAGAUUGGAGGGUGAACUUUAAAUGAGUCUCAGCAUGGCAUCUACCUUGAAGUGCAUGCAUGUGGGUGUUUUGUAGAUCAAAAGGGCAACUAGAAAUCAUGAUUCUGUCCAUUAAUCUAUCUUAUAGAUUAAUAGAAAUGAGUAUAUUUGCAGAGCAACAUGAUAAAUGAAUGGUGACAAAGGAAAGACAGGACAAAAAGAAUCAUUACCACCAGAGGAAAACAAUAACACUCUGGUCUCGCUUCUGGAGAAUUCUCCUGUCGAAUAACAGUCUCCCAUUUCAGUAAAUGUGAUUAUGUAAUGACACGAUGCCAAAAUGAUUCGAUUUGCAGUGAUUCAUAACAGAAGGCGGUUCCUGUGGGCGACGUAUCAGGGCAACCAAACUGAAACUUAACCUUUUUUUAAUAAUGUAUUGGUUCGGUAUAACAUUAAUUUACAAUGUUGACAAAGUUAAGUAGUGUGGAAUCUGAAUAUGCAGAGCAUGAUCAGAUUUAAAUAUGAUUUUCCUCUUGUCCUUAUUUACAUACUGACAUUAUUUAUGCAUGCAUCUGUUGGAGGGUCUUUAACUUGACUCAGCAUAACCUUCCAUUAUCUCUGUUUAUUCCCUAUUUUAUUUAAUUGAGUGAACUUGGCUACCGGGAAAUGUGGGAACGAUUGUUAUUUUCCCACAUGGGAACAGCGGCGGGGAAACAAAGAGACUCUGAUGGGAUGCAGACGCUACGCUCCAACUGAUUAAUGGCUCUCCUAUUCCGUAAUUGGUGCACGUAUCGUCAUGGCUUGCAGGGACCUAGAGAGGGCAGAGGAGGCCAGGACGGACAUCAUGGAAGACACGGGGAAUGAGAAUGUGGUCAUCAGAAAACUGGAUCUCUCUGACACCAAGUCCAUCCGAGCGUUUGCUGAAAUCAUCAACAAAGAGGAGAAACAAGUGAAUAUCCUGAUAAAUAAUGCAGGCGUCAUGAUGUGUCCCUACUCCAAGACUGCUGACGGGUUCGAAAUGCAGUUAGGCGUCAAUCAUUUGGGUCACUUCCUGUUGACUUACCUGCUGCUGGACCUCAUCAAGCGCUCAGCCGCCGCCCGCAUCGUGGUCGUGGCGUCGGUCGCCCACACCUGGACCGGGCUGCGACUCGAUGACAUUAACAGCGAGAGGAGUUACGACACCAUGAAGGCCUACGGGCAGAGCAAGCUGGCUAACGUCAUGUUUGCACGCUCGCUUGCCAAACAGUUACAAGGUACAGGGGUGAGCGUGUUCUCUCUGCACCCGGGGGUGGUGCAGUCUGACCUGUGGAGGCACCAGCACCAGUGCAUCCAGGUGGCAGUGAAGAUCUUCAGUAUUUUCACAAAAACAACCCUGGAGGGGGCGCAGACCACCAUCUUCUGCGCUGUGGAGUCGGGCCUGGAGAGCCAGAGUGGAGGCUACUUCAGUGACUGCGCUCCGGCAAGGUGCUCUAGAGCGGCUUCUGAUGAUGAGACGGCCCAGAAACUGUGGGAGAUAAGCUGCAACCUGCUCGGCAUCACCUGGCAGUGAACAGGAGCAUAUUAACUGUGCCAGUGUGUGCUAUACAUCAUAUUUUAAAGAACACUUUUACACACUUUUUUAUAGAGAUAUUAAUCUUACUGUUGUGAAACAGGGUUAUUUUAUGACUCAAAGUACAGAACCGUCCAAAAGUCGUUUAGUCACUUCCAAGAGUUCCUUUAUUUGUAAGAUAUCUAAAAAUUAAACGGACAUUUUAGUCAUGUUGUAAUUAUUCAACAUUCCUCAUGGGCGUUCUUUGCAAAGUCACUUUUGAGUGCAGAUGGCGUUAUUUCCUGUAAAGCUUCUUUAAAAGAAGUGCAUGAUCUUUCUUUGGAUGGAAAUGUCUUUAUAUUUGCAAGUGAGAAACAAAGUUCUGGUUAUUCUUAGGAUCAUUUGUGUGUGUUUGUUGUUGUUAUACUAAUUUCACCAAGAAGAGGUGGAGGUGGAAAACUACCCCAUGUUCUAAAUAUGAAUCAAAACACAUGUUGGCUUCCUUCUUUUAAAAAAUACAUUUUAUUGAAAAGAUGUUGUGGUUAAUCUUUAAAGCAAUUCGUGACCUUUAAUAAUAACUGGGUUCUGUUGUUUCUGAAGUAUAUUUAUUAAUCAGUCAAAUACAAUCCAUUGAUCUAAAAUUGUUCAUUUAACUGUUUCAUUAAACAGCUGUGUAUCACAUUA